UCUCUCAAUAUGUGUUCUUUAUAGAUCUAAUGCCUCAAUUCCAAAGCCUCUAAAUGUGCCUUUCAGAGCUUUUAAAGUUUGGCUGGAACAUGAGGGAUUUUUGAAAGUAGUGGAAGAUCAUUGGAAGAAACAGGUAACUGGCAAUCCUGGUUUUGUGUUUUUAAGUAAAUUGAAAAGUUUAAAAAAGGUGAUAAGUGACUGGAAUUGGAAUGUAUUUGGAGAUAUUAGAAAGAAACUCAAACAGGCUGAGGAUGAUAUUUUGAAAGCUGCUUUGGAUUCAGAUAGAAAUCCAGAAGACAUAGUAUUAAUGGAUAAGUUGUAACAGCUAGAGGAAAACAAGAAAUCAUAUCUCAUCAAAAUAAUGAAAUGGUGAAACAAAAAUCAAGAGUUAAAUGGAUGAAUGAAGGGGAUUCAAAUACCAAAAAAUUUCAUGUAAACAUGAGAAUCAGACAAGCACAAAACUCUAUUGUUGAGCUAUAAAAUAAUGAAGGAUCUCUUAUUACUAGUCAGCAAGGAAUAUCUGACAUCUUGGUGUCUUAUUUUGAAGAUAAAUUUAAAUCUCAGGAUACUCAAAUUCUAGAAAAUGUCUUUAGUGUUGUCCCUCAAGAAGUUAACUCAGAGGAUAACACUAUGCUUGAGUCAACUCCUUCAGCUAAAGAAAUAAAUAAAGUUGUAUUUGACAUGGACCCUGAUAGUGCAUCUGGUCCAGAUGGUUUUAGUGGAUGGUUUUACAAAUGGGGAUAAAACAUAGUUGGUGAGGAUUUUAUCAAAGCCAUUCAGUACUGUUGGUCAAACGGCUUCAUCCCAGCUGAAGGUGGUCUGGGUAUUAGAAAACUUGAAGUUAUCAACAAAACUCUACUAAUAAAACUUUUCUGGAAGAUUCUAAAUGGUGAAGAUGAAUGGGAAAAAUUCUUUCAAGCAAAGUUCAAGAACAGUAGAGGUGAGUGGAUUACUUAUCAUAAAAAAUCCUCCAUUUGGCAUGGUAUAAAAACGGUAAUAAACGAAGUUGAAAACGGCUCAAGAUGAUUGGUAGGUAAUGGACAACAAAUCUCAGUUUGGAAGGAUACAUGGACAAAUAGCAGACCACUAUGUGAACAAUUUCCAGGAAAUGCUCCUAUGAAUUCUAAUCAUAAUAUGAAAGUAUCUGAACUACUAAAUAAUGGUGAAUGGAUUGUACCUCCAUAAUUGGCACAGUUUUGUGGAGCAAAUGAACCGCCAAUGGCUGAUAAUGAAAAUGUCAGAAUAAUUUGGCAUGGAUCUUCUAUAGGUAUUUCUUCUAUAACAUCUGCUUGUGAAUUAAUUAGAAUGAAAUAUCCAAUAUUGCAGUGGACCAAACAAGUAUGGCAUAAUAGCGUUCACCCUAGUGUAUCUAGUAAUAUAUGGAAGAUAGUUAGAAAGGUGGUACCAUAUGAUGGCAUCAAGAUGACCUUUCUGCAAACAAUCAGAGGAAACACUAGAACAUAUAUUGUGGUUCUGUGAUUAUACUGAAAUUAUUUGGAAAUGGCUUGGAGGAGUAUUUCACUUUUUAAACCCAACUACUUUUGAAGAUAUUCUCUCAGCAGCAAAAACAAAAAGUCCUGCAGUGAAGAAGAUUUGGAGAAAUGAUGCUUUUAUUACUAUGAAGGAAAUUUGGUUUUUCAGAAAUAGAGCAGUUUAUGAAGAAGAAGAGUAUAAUUUAGAGAUGAACAAGAAAAGAGUGUUGAAGUUCACAGCUGAUAGUGAAGUUAGAAUGUCUGCAUACAUGUGGGAUUCAUCUUAUGAUCUCCACAUUAUAAAAAAAUUUAACCUCAGGUGUAGAAAAGUUAGAUACUUACAGGUUCAGGAAUGCUUCUUACAUCUCCCUAAGAAGAAUCAAAUUCUGAUGUGCUGUGAUGGUGCUGCAAGUGAGAACCCUGGAGAUUCUGGAUUUGGUUUCAUAGGGAGAGACUGGACUAGAGAUGUUAAAGUUGCUACCUCUGGAGGUUUGGGUGUUGCAAAAAAUUUCUUGGCUGAGAUAAUGGCAGUGCUAUUUGCAGGUGAAUGGGCAGUUGCUAAUAAUUUCUUGGAUGUUUGUUUUAGAACUGACUCAAGUGCAGCCAUAUCAGUAUUUAGGAGUGGAAAGCUUCCUUGGAUAGCUACAUGGAAGAGAAUCUGUAGCAAAAUAAAAUGGGAGUUUGUACAGAGCUUUAGAGAAUUUAACUUCUCAGCCGAUUCUUUGGCCAAAAAAGGUGCAGGAAUGAAUAAAGGGGAUUGUGUUGUAUAUUCAGAGAGACCACCUUUCCUAACAAAAAUUGAACUUCCUUUCUUAAAAUACUUUAGGUUUUGCUAAGCUUCUUACUUGUAAGCCUACUUUAUAAAGGCUUUUGUUUUCCUUGUUUUUAUCAUGAGGUCCAGUUGGCCAGUUUUAUAUUUGUGA